AUGGCCAAUAAAGAGACACAAACUUCAUUCUCCCCACAUAGCACCCUGCAAUCAGCGCAUGAUUCAGCUAGCUUGCGGACCGUGUUCGAUGAUGGCAACCCAUACGACGUGGCCGAUAGGUUAGAAAGCAACGGAUCUGCAGAAAACAAAUCCGAUAAAUCGCCAAAUGAGCAAGAAGAUUCGAUCGUGGACUGGGACGGCCCAGAUGACCCGGCAUGGCAUCCAAUUUCCUUCCUUCGAGUUUGUACAGCUCCUCUGAUACGAUUCUAG